AUGCAGAUCAGUGGGCUGAGUGGCUCUGUCUUCAAGAAAUAUGCUGCCACCGCUUUUCAAGGAAUCCAAAAGGACAAUGAUGAAGAUGAGAGACAAGAGCAGGCGGCCAACGCAGUUGAAGACAUGAUGGCUAGGUGUCGGGCCUUUGUGCGGGAGCGCCAGUCCGAACGUGGCGAACGCGCGGAGAACGGAGGUGAGGAGGGGGACGAGGACGGCGACCACCCUCCUCCGGCGCUACCCAAGGCGGAGGAGGCACCCGAGCCGCAGCCGCCGCAGCCGGAGGUGCCCAAGGUGGAGCCCACCGUGACGAAAGGCGUGGCGAGCCGCAGUCGCAGCGAAGGGCGGCUGAAGAAGGAGAAGGAGAAGGUGGUCAAAAGCAACAAGAAGAAAGCCAAAGAGGCAUCCGAGCGAAGCAGUAAAUCUCGCAGUCGUGAUCGCAAGAGGAAGUCGCGGCAUUCCAGCGAGUCCAGUGGAGGUCGCCGGUCCAAGCGGUCGAGGAGGAAGGAAAAGGAUUCAGAGUCCUCCUCCGAUAGGAAGAGGAAAAAGAAGCGACACUGA